AUGAACAGCCAUGGUGGAUCACAUUACAAGAACAGUCAUGGUGGAUCACCUCACAAGAACAGCCAUGGUGGAUCACUUCGCAAGAACAGCCAUGGUGGAUCACCUCACAAGAACACCCAUCGUGGAUCACCUCACAAGAACAGCCAUGGUGGAUCACCUCACAAGAACACCCAUCGUGGAUCACCUCACAAGAACAGCCAUGGUGGAUCACCUCACAAGAACAGCCAUGGUGGAUCACCUCACAAGAACAGCCAUGGUGGAUCACCUCACAAGAACAGCCAUGGUGGAUCACCUCACAAGAACAGUCAUGGUGGAUCACCUCACAAGAACAGCCAUGGUGGAUCUGAAAGUGCUGCUACUGUGUGCAAUAUCAAAGUUAAUUGUGUUAAAUAUAUAAGAGACUCUACCCCCAGGACUCUACCCCAGGACUCUACCCCAGGACUCUCCCCCAGGACUCUACCCCCAGGACUCUACCCCCCAGGACUCUACCCCAGGACUCUCCCCCAGGACUCUCCCCCAGGACUCUACCCCCAGGACUCUACCCCAGGACUCUACCCCAGGACUCUCCCCAGGACUCUACCCCCAGGACUCUACCCCCAGGACUCUACCCCCCAGGACUCUACCCCAGGACUCUACCCCAGGACUCUACCCCCAGGACUCUACCCCCAGGACUCUACCCCUCAGGCAAGUAGCAACCUCCGCAAUGUGUUCACUGUAGAACCACGAGUCACCGUUUCACAGUCACCAAUAUCACUGUGUGACACGUGA